AUGGCAUACAAAUGCCCGUUCUGCGGUUAUAUUGAUAGUCUAGUCUCGUUCAGUGCGCAACUUGAAGGGGAUGUACUGUGCCGUCAGUGUUGUCUAUCAACAUCGAAUGCGCUGCUUAGAGCGCAGGAGGACCUCGUAAAUCAGUUUACUACCUACACCAUCAGUCACAGUGACCUGCAGAAACCGGCAGUAGUGAAACCGGCAGUCAAGCAUAUACCGUUUGCCUCUUCUGCUGCACACAGCAUCUACAUACCGCCAUACAGACCACCGCCCCAGGCAAACACAACCAGCGUAGUCGGCCGAGAGGCUGAAAUGCAUGUGAAUGGAAAUAGCUCCCACCAAGGAUUCUCUCCUGAUGCAUUCCCUGGUAGUCAGAUGGACUGCUUGCCAGAAAGUGAACUGAAAACCGGUGUGGAUAUUCCCACCACGGCUGUCCCAGUUGGCUCGCCCGAGCCUUCGCAUGAAAACGACCUGGUUGAGCCGUACAUGGUCCUCGGCUACGAGGAAGAGCAGAGCUGGAAAUCACAGGAUACUCAACCAAGCAAGACCGCGCCUGACCCAGCCUACUCGCCAUACAACGACCCAGUGUUCAAUCAGCAGCAGUGGUGGGAGCAUGGGGGAAGCGGCAAGCUUGAUUAUCCAUAUCGAGCGCCAGAGGACAGCAUGAUGGCGCUGUCAUAG